GGGGGGUUUGCGAAAAUCCGUUAAAGGACAUGGCAUCUAGUAGUAGUGAAAAGAAGUUAAGGUAUCCUUCGAGGCUAUAUCCGCCGGGGAAAUCUCCUAUACAGAAGAGGAGCCUGCACAUUAAACAGUUUUGGGCUGUUGAGAGAUUGCAUUGGGGAUGAUGUCUACAAUGACAUCUGUGACAAAUCGCAAGUGGGAGUGAUCUUGAAGCUCUCUGAUAGUCGUUAUGUAUGGGGUUCAAAGAUUGUGCAUCAUUUCUUAACUCAGCAAUUGACAAUACAAAGGAGAUAUGAGAUGUGGUCGCUAAUAGAAGGUAAUCCAAUAAGGUUCUCGUUACAUGAGUUUAGUGAUAUCACCGGCCUGAACUGUGAGAAAAUUGAUGAGGAAGACAGAGUGGAUGUUGAUCACAAAGAGUUGUGGGUCCAGAUGAAGGUAGAUUCAAGGGUGGGACCAAAUUGGAAAGAGUUGACUGACGUAUUGAGGGAAUGUAGGACAUGGGGUGAGCCGAUUAGGAAAAUGAUUGGGCUAUUGUUUGUGUUGCAUGUCGGAAUUUUAGGGAUUUCGCGGACUAGUAGGAUCCCUUUGGAUUAUGCGAAACGUGUACUCAAUACGGAUGCGUUUGCGAGGUUUCCAUGGGGUCGAGUAAGUUUCAAGCGAUUAAUAGACUCCAUAAAAGUCGUGUCUUAUGAGAACACCUCAUAUGUGGUUCAUGGAUGUGCCCAUGUUCUUCUGAUAUGGGCUUUUGAGAGUGUGAGAGAAUUAGGCAAAGACUUUGGGAGUAAAAAUGGAGGUGAUGAUGUCCCCCUGCUUAGGUGGGAUGCAGGCCGUACCAAAGGAAAUAUCGGGGACUUUUUAUUCUCAUAGGGGAAACAGAAGAAGGUUUGUGAAAUGGAUAUGUAUGUUUAGUAUACGUGCAGUGAGAUGCAAGAUGUUGCUAUUUUUACUGACUUGAUUAUAAUUUCUUCUGUUUUGUAGCUCCAAAUUCAUCAUUUAGGUAUUAAACCACAAGCAUAACUCUUUCCAUAUUGGCCUGAUGAGACCAAAGGUUAUGGUGAAGCGGACGGUGGUUUUAAAUUGUUGGAUAAUUUGUUGGAUGAUAUAAUGAACGGGUGUGUUGAUGUGCGAUCAUGGGAUGAUUCUGUUGUUGAGAAGAAGGCAGGUAAGAGGAAAGCCGUGGAGUUGGAUCUGGACGUUGAGAGUAAAGAUCAAAUAGGAGACCCGGUAAUUGUUAACAAG